AUGGCAACCAAAUUACAUCCACUCCUUGCUCCAGCUACCAAUAAGAAAUUGUCAAAACAUCCAACAUUACUACCUGGUGAGAAGAUUUUGCUGCAGCAAGAUGCAAUAUGUGUUGAAACAUAUCUCUCUCCUGUGGAAGGAACGUUGCAUCUUACAACAUUUAGAGUUAUAUUCAGUGGUUCAUCACCGGAUGUAGAAGACGAGGCCAUUGGUGGUGACCACCAUACAUCCCUUGUAUCCAAGAAAAAUAGCAGUCAGUUUGGGAAAAAGAAAGGGUUUUCAGAUACACUUGAGAGGUUUAGAGAAAAAGCACAGCAUUUCCAAAAGAACUUGCAACAUUCAAAAUCAUGUCGCACGUUAAGAUCGACUUACAAGGGAAAGUCACAAUUUACAUUGAACAGAUCACAUGAAAAUAACGUCGUUCAAACUUCCUGUGGAGAAAAUUUAGACGACAAUUGUAAGUUGAUUUCUCUACAGCCCGUAGACACACCGGAAUCCGAUGAAACAGAGAAAGAUCUUGUUCAACAUGACAUCAUCGUAUCUAUUCCAUGUACAAAUGUUUACGAUAUUCACAAACUACCUAAGAACUCACUCGUGAAGGACCCGAGAUUUUUUGGGUUUGGUGAUGGCAUUGAGCUCAUGUGCAGUACUCUGCAGGUUUAUAAGUUUUGUCUUCCACAAGGUUCUGAUUACAAUGCGGAUAAACUCGCCGCAAUAUUUUCAAAGUAUACAAAACACCUGCUACGGCCUUGUUUUUCUGGAAAUGUGAGGCAGAAACAAUGUACUCCCAGCCAAAGAAAGUCGCCUUCUAAAUGGUUUGCAAUCGCAUAUAGAGAAGCAAUAUCUCACACGCGUUCGUGUGAUAUUUUAUAUUCAAGAACAUCACAGAAUUUUUAUGAUUUUGAAGUCGAGUUUCGACGCCUGGGUUUGCUGACAUUGGAUUGUUGGAGAGAAUAUUGUAAGCGUUCGUUAUCAAGAAAUUAUUUUCAACCAUCUACUUUCAAUAGUUUAAUGAUUUACUUUCCAUGCAUAUAA